AUGUCUGAAGAGCGCAGCAAUCUGCUCUCUCUCCGCAGCGGCAAGAGGAGGAAGAGUGUCCGCCCCGUCAUCAGCGCCCCGAAGCAGAUAUCCAGUCCAAUUGUACACGACGAUGUAGGCAGCGGCGCUCCUAUUCCUCCGCUCCCUGAGUCUCGAGCUGGAGCAGGCAAUGGCCCUCGCCCGCGCCCUCGACCUCCGCCUGCACCGGGAGGAAAGACAUCCGAGAUGGUGAAGCGACGAUAUUCGUCACGCUUCGGCCAAGAAUACGAUGCCUCCGGUCUACCCCCUGCAGUCCCGGCUAUGCCAUCUCUCGACAAAUUCGAUCAGCAUCAUCACCACCCGGGCAAUCGACCAGCUGGGGGGGCGCCAGUCGUAGAUGUGAAGGCCAUCCGAGACCCCAACCUCGUCCCUGACCAGUAUGUUACCAGUGUGCUUUCCGAGGCGACCGACGAACAGAUUCUUGAGUACGAGAACGGGCUUCACAAGCUCAAAAUUCGGGCGAGGACGGAUCUUCAGCAGAAUCUCCUCCAGAACCGAACGCAGUUCAUUAAGAUCAGCAAGGAGGCCGAGAAGCUCAAGAAUGAGAUGCAUGCACUUCAAAAUUUGAUGGCUGAGCUGAAGACUAAUACCCGGGCUUUGCGAGUAACUUCGAAUCAGGGUGAUGAGUCGUCAGACCUUCCUGGCGGAGUCCCGUCGGGCUUGAGCAAGAGGGACAAGCGUAGCUCUGUUGCCGAUAGAAGCGCAUUAUGGAACUCGCAGAUGCAAGCCUUGUUCAAGAGUGUGGAGGGUUCCCAGAAAUUCCUGCCCAACGUUACCGGUCGUCAUAUUGUGCAGAACGCCGGACCAUGGGUUGAGUUGGACAACGCGACAUACAAGUCACGGAGAGCAAUGCAGAUUUUUCUUCUCAACGACCAUCUAUUGAUUGCUUCCCGAAAGAAGCGAAAGGUUGAUGUAUCGCACGGCGAUACUAGAAACGCUGUGACCAAACUGGUGGCUGAUCGCUGCUGGGCGCUCUUGGAUAUAGAAGUCGUGGACAUGGCUGGCACUGGGGAGUCACAUGGUGGGCGAAACAAGCUGGCUGAUGCCAUCAUGGUCAGAGGUGGCGGUCAAGAAUCAUUCAUUUAUCGCACCGAAAAGCCGGAAGACCCGGAAAAGAAGUCUUUCCUGCUGAACGUGCGCAAGGCUGUCGAGGAGCUUCGUAAAGGCCUUCAGUCAGAGAUGGAGGCAAGCAACAGAGCACGGGAGACAAUUAACUACUUCGCAUCUAGGGACCCUGGCCUUCUCCAGAAAACAGAGCUGUUAGCGACGUUGUCUGACAUUAAAGACAUGCUGAUUGAAGUGGAUGGGAAACAACAAAAUCUACGAUGGGUCGAGAGCCAGAUGGAUGAACUAGAUAUUGAUAUUGCUCUCCAGAGAUUUGAAUCGGCCGUCUCAACAUUUGAAAAGCUCAAGGGGCUUGCGCGUGGGCUGAAGAACAACCUGGUCGCCCAAGACUUUAUCAAUUUCAAGGUGGAAGAGAGAUGUGGCAAGCUUGCUGCCGUGAUACUCCGCGAACUGGGUGCAGAACACAAUGACCAGUCGAAAACCAAACGCAAUGUUAGCUGGCUGACAAGGCUUGGCUUCGAGGACCGGGCUCGUGAAGUGUAUCUGGCCGCCAGAAGCGAGAUGAUACACAAGAGGUCCAGACAGUGUAUCUUUCAAGGAGACUUGCAUCUUUACAUUUGGCAAGUCUCGUUUGUGUACUUCAUGAUUAUCCAUAACACGGUCAAGUGCUUCCAAGGUUGCUUCCCACCACCCAUGAUGAGCACUUGCGUUAAGUGGGGCAAGGAGCAAGUAGAGGCUUUCAAUAUGAUUCUGGCGAGACAGCUUAGCAGCACAAAACGAGGUGGGGAGAUAUGGACACAGUGUAUGGAGCGAGCAAAGGAGCACGCGGGGAUAUUGGGUGAGGUUGGCCUUGAUUUUGUGAAUUUGGUAGGGCGGGAUCUAGAGGGGCCCUCGACUCGUCCGGGCGAGAAUGCUGGUCUUGGGUUAGUUUCUUGA